GCGCGGGGCUCGGUUGCUAUAGCGACGGCCGGGCCUGGGCCUUUCCAGAAAGCUCGGCCGGGGCUCGGGGCUCGGGGCCGGGCAGCGUUGUUUACUUCCGGGUAUUUCCUGUCCUUGCGCAGCGUUUGGCUCUUCCCGAGUCCUCUCCCGUCACCACAUGGUUCAAAGAGCCGCUCGUUCAGGCCCAAGCGGGGCCAAGGCUCUGCAGUCUGAAGGACGGAGAGACUGUGGCAGUCCUGCUGGCUGCUGUGGGCCUCUCCUUACCCCUCACUGCUGGUUUCACUCCUUUGCACCAAGAGCUGUGUGCCCUUAGGAUGAGUUGUCCUUAUCCCCAUUGGGUGCCUACUGCCCAAGAUCCUCCUGAAAUCAAUCAGCAGAUGCUGUCAGUUCCCCAGGCUGACUUGUGCUGGCCAACAGACACAAAUACCCGGGUAUUUUGUGGUGAAAAUCUAUAAACGUGGCCCUCAGUUCCUGCUUGUUUAUGCCCUUAAGACGUUUGUUCCUCGCAGGGUUCACUGGACCUGAGUGAGGAAUUCCUCAUAGGCCCCCCUGAAAUCCAUAAUUGUGUGCUGCCACUUCGCUUCUGCUGAUCAAAACAUACAAAUUCAGCGCAAUAAAAGGGAAAAAUGUAUAAUCUGGCUCUCGCCUACCCAGCAUUUCUUCUGGAGCACAUGGGGCGCUGCCUCGGGUGUAGUGUGGCUUCACUUAUUCACUGGCUUCCUUAACUGUAACAGCACAAAUCUCCUGUCAACAAGGUUAGGCAAACAUCUGCUGAUAAAAUGACUUCCAGGUUGCUCUUUCCAAGGCCAGAGCACGCAGGCCAUUUGCCAUGGUGUCCUCGCUCCAGACGAGCACCGUGUGUGUGUGUAUGUGUGUGUGAACUCCUUGGCAGCGACACCUGCCAGAUAGCACAGCCUGAUUGCAGCGCGGGGCCUUGGUGCCAUGGUACAGCCCGGGUUAAUGACUUUGUUUAUACUGUUUGGGUAAUUGUGAUAAGGCUGCCCAACCCGCUGCCCCAUCCCCGCGCUGCGGCUGCUGGCGUUUCAUUGAGAAAACGGCCACUGACGCCAUGCUGAGAUCUUGCUGGUCCCAGCCAAUCAGUCUGGGGACAGCUGGUUGGUUGGGUUGGUUUUUUUUUUUUCUUUUUUUAAUGAGGACCGCUUAAUCACAGAGCGGUCAAGGCUGGGAAGGGGUGUUCCACUUGUGACUGAGCCUUAUAAGAGCUUGUUCGAACAGCCAUGUGCUGGCAGAGCAGAGGGGACAGGUCACUCCCAGGCUGAGACGGGGAGGAAACUUACAGUUCUCUCCUAUCUGUGGAGCUUUACAGAGGAUACAGGCUCCCAGGCUCUGAUGACCAGUAGCACGGACAUGGACUGCGAGAGGUGUCAGUGCCAGCAUGGAGACAAACACUCAGCCAUUCUCUACACCCUCCUGAGCCAGAACCUGAGCCACAGCCCACCCCACCAACGCUGCCUGUGUCACCAGCGCUGGACAGUUUGCCUCCGGACACCCCAUAUCACCUGCCAGGCCGCCUCCGAUGUGUUGGUGAAAACCAUCAGCUUCAUGAAGAACCUCCCUUCCUUCCACCUGCUGCCACGGGGGGAUCAGCUCCUGCUGCUGGACAGCUGCUGGGUCCCCCUUUUCCUCCUGGGGCUGGUCCAGGAGACGGUGACGUUUGAGGUGAUGGAGACCCCGGCCCCCAGCAUGCUCGAGAAGAUCCUCCUCGAUGGCCAAAGCAAAAGGCAGGAGCCUGAGUGGACGCAGCCCAUGCUGGCCGCCGUGCAGUGGCUGCAGUGCAGCCUCAACACUUUUUGGAGCCUGGACUUGAGCCCAAAAGAAUACGCCUACCUGAAGGGAGCCAUCCUCUUUAAUCCUGAUGUCCCAGGGCUGACGGCCUCCCUGCACAUCGAGAGCCUCCAGCGGGAAGCCGAGCGAGCGCUUCAGGAGGUGGUGAGGAUUCUGCACCCCGAGGACCAGGACCGUUUUGCCCUCAUUUUGCUCAUCACCUCCACCUUGAAAUCCAUCCCUCCUGCCCUCAUCACAGACCUCUUCUUCCGGCCCGUCAUUGGCAGCGCAGACAUUGUCGAGCUCAUUGUGGAUAUGCUGUAUGAAAUCACCAGCUGGCAGCCGGCUCCCUCACCACACAUGGCUCUGUGAGCUGCUGUGCUCUGCCACAGCUCUGUGCGUGCUCUCCAUCAGCUGGCAGGGCAGCAGGGAGGACUGGGGAGCAGGCACUCGGGACAGGCGCCCUGAGCUCCACAGCUGGCUUUGCGUGUGCCUCUUGCUUGGCUGCAGGGCUCAGCAAGGUGUUAGCAGAGCACUCAGGAAAGCAGCCUUGAUUCAGCAGAUGUCUGUGGCAGCUCCUGCUCCGCCUCUGCCAGUCUGUUUCAAGGAGUGUGACUGUGUGUGUGUGGCUGUUUCCCUGUUCUGCAGCUGGUAAUACUCAGCUGCUAGCAAGCAGGCCAGCCCCGUGACACAGGGCAAAUUGAGUUAGAGCCUGCUCCAGUUGUUUUUUUUAUCUCAGUGAAUCCUCAGUUCAAUUAAAACCAAUGUGUGUUUUGCUGUUAACUCCAAGAGAUGAGGUCUGACCUCAACUCACUGCCCAUGACAGCUCAACCCUGUGAUAGUGGUAUUUAGGGGUGCUGAGUAUCUUCAGUGGGAUCACUUGUAGAGUAUGACCAAGUGCAAACAGUCAGAAAUUAGAUCUUUAAGUAUUGGCCAAUGUCUGUUGUGCACGAAAUCUCAGAAGUAUUCAUAAAGAAUCUUCCUCAGGCAGCAAGAGGGAAAAGUACAAAAUCUUACAGGGUGUGCAGCCAGCCGAAUUAACGCCUUGUGCCUUUCAUCAGAUUGCAUCUUCUCUCCAUUAUGCCAUGAGCUGCAACAGGAUUGCUCACAGAGCAACGGAUUACCUAAGAGCAGUGAAACGUAUGGCAAAUAAUGCUGCAUGAACACCAGGGAGUCCGUCCUACCCAUACACCACAAAGGAGCUUUUAGCAGCAUUGAGAAUGGCUCAGGCUGUGGGCCUGCCUCUGUUCCUGCGACAGCAAGCAACACACUGAGCUACAGACACCAAACAAACCAGCAGAACUGUUGGUGGCAGAACAAAACAUCCCUGCCUUGAGUUACAGCUGGUUAAACAUGUAGCACGUCUGGAAACCUCACUUCUCCUGUCUGCAGCUUUUGUAAACCAUUAGAUGUCAGUAUUUUGUGGGUGAGCCUUCUUUCAGUUUGUAUAUAAGACACAGUAAAUUAUUUUUUUAAUA